AAGCUGGCACCCACUUCUUCCGGCACCUCCUUUCCUGAAACUCCCUUUCCCAGCAUGGAGUCCAGCUCCAGCUAAAGGGAGCGUGGAACCACGGGAUCCAGGAAUGGUUGGGUGUGGAGGGACCUCAAAGCCCUCACAGGCCCAGCCCCUGUUGUGGGCUGGUUGCCACCCACUGGCUCAGGCUGCCCGCAGCCCCAUCCUGCCUGGCCUCGAGCACCUCCAAGGAUGGGGCAGCCGCAGCUUCUCUGGGCAGCCUGCGCCAGUGCCAACCUCUCCCAGACUGUUGGGAUGGGUGCCGAGAGGCUGCUGGGCUGGCAGGAUGUCAGGGAAGCAGGCAGGCAGGAUGGCUCCAUGCCAUGCGCUGGGGCCGUUCUUUCGCUCACUCCUUGCCUUUGGCCCCUCUCUACGGUGCUCAUUCUUCUCCUCUUGCUUAGGUAUUCGCAUCUUGGAGCUGUGGAGAGAAACAGCCAUCGCAUGCAUCUGUGAGUUUCUGCAGAGAAAGGACAAGGAUGUGCAAGAGAAAAUCAAAUUCCUGAGAGGCAUCUGCACGCUGUGCAAAUGCAGGGACACGUCGCUCAACUUGGAUGCUUUCUGCCAAGAAAAGCAGCUGGCAGAGAAUGUCCAGGCGCUGAUCGAUGAGGAGCCCAAGCACACUUUGUCCUCGGAGAUAAAGCAGGAAGCCAUGAUGAGCUUUGCCAACAUGAGCACUGUGGAGACAGCGCUGGAAGGCAAAACGGAGAGCAUUCUGAAUUCCUGCUUCAACAGUGUCUUCUUUUUGCCUCCGGAACUGAGCAUACCAGCAAAGGAGAAAGAACUCUACAAUGAGGUGUGUGCUGGGUGAGCCACCGGAGCGCCA